UCAGCGCUCAACUGACUCUGUUGUAACAUCCAGAGACUAACCACCAAAACCGUGAAAUGCCAAACUUCCAUUUCAACUACUCUUUUUUUUCUCCGUCUCUCCUUCAAAAUUUCGCUGGUUUCUAGGGUUUUUAGGUAACAAGAAAAUUCGUUACUGUAUUUUAAAUUUCACUUAAAGCUUGGGGAUUUUUGGGCAUGAGAGUACCGAGCGCGGACCUCUUCGAUCCUCGAACGAUCAUGGACUCGGACUACUCUCCUGGUGGGCCUGAUGCACCUGGGUCCGACCCGGAUUUCGCCUUCGCCUUCAACGACAGUAACUUCUCCGAUCGGGUUCUCAGGAUCGAGAUUAUCCCCGAUUUGCCAGAGACGAAGUCGGACGGCGACCCUUGCACUAGCAUCGCUGACUGGGUCCGUAAUCGCAAGAGGCGAAGGGAGGACAUCAAGAAAGAAAACGCUGCGGAGGUUGUUGGGCAAAGUGAGGAGCAGGUAAUAAACUGUAACAUGCCGGACACAGAGGAUGCUGUUGCCUAUGAAAAUCAAGAUGAAGAACCAAUGGCAAUGAUCGAGGAACCUCCUACAGAUGCUGAUGUGAAUUUGAAUGAACUUGGUGAUGAUGUUGAUAAUGGUAACGACUCAUCCUGGAACAUGGACUGUUCAACCGUUCUUAGAGUUAAGACUCUGCAUAUUAGUUCUCCAAUAUUAGCUGCUAAAAGCCCCUUUUUUUACAAGUUGUUUUCAAAUGGGAUGAGAGAGUCAGAGCAGCGACAUGUAACUCUACGGAUACAUGCCUCUGAAGAAGCAGCCUUAAUGGACCUCCUUAAUUUUAUGUAUAGUCAUACCCUAUCAACAACCACACCAACUGCUGUAUUGGAUGUGUUGAUGGCUGCUGACAAAUUUGAGGUAGCAUCAUGCAUGAGAUAUUGCAGCAAGCUGUUGCGAAAUUUGCCUAUGACCUGCGAGUCUGCCUUGCUCUACUUGGACCUUCCUUCUACUGUUUUAAUGGCUGAAGCAGUUCAGCCACUGACAGAUGCAGCUAAGCAGUUUCUCGCUGCGCAAUACAAGGACAUAAAUAAGUUCCAAGAAGAUGUUCUUAACUUGCCUUUGGCUGGUAUUGAGGCUGUAUUAUCCAGUGAUGAUCUCCAGGUAGCUUCAGAGGAUGCUGUUUAUGACUUUGUACUUAAGUGGGCUCGUACUCAUUAUCCCAGAUUGGAGGAUCGACGAGAAAUCCUUGCCACACGACUUGGUAGACUGAUACGUUUCCCAUUCAUGACCUGCCGAAAACUGAAGAAGGUUUUAAGUUGCAAUGAUUUUGAUCCUGAACUUGCAUCCAAGGUUGUGCUUGAGGCACUCUUUUUCAAGGGUGAGGCUCCAUAUCGGCAGCGAGUUCUAGCUGCAGAGGAGGCUAAUUCCACCUAUCGUCGAUUUGUGGAGCGGGCAUACAAGUACCGACCAGUCAAAGUGGUGGAAUUUGAAAUCCCGCGUCAGCAGUGUGUUGUGUACCUAGAUCUGAAGCGUGAGGAGUGUGCACAUCUAUUUCCAGCUGGCCGGGUAUAUUCUCAAGCGUUUCACUUGGGCGGGCAGGGGUUUUUCUUGUCUGCUCACUGUAACAUGGACCAACAGAGCUCAUUUCAUUGCUUUGGACUAUUUUUGGGGAUGCAAGAGAAGGGAUCAGUAAGCUUUGCUGUUGACUAUGAAUUUGCUGCAAGAUCAAAGCCAACUGAAGAGUAUGUGAGCAAGUACAAAGGAAACUACACUUUCACUGGAGGCAAGGCUGUUGGAUAUAGAAACCUUUUUGGCAUACCCUGGACAGCAUUCAUGGCAGAUGACAGCCUCUAUUUCAUCAAUAACAUCCUCCAUCUCAGGGCAGAGCUUACCAUAAGACAAUGAAUUUGUGUCUUGCCUUUUGGCCUCUUAGGUUUUCUUAUAUAUAUGAAACUGCCCAUAGGUACAGUUUGGGUUUCUGUAGUCGUUAUUUAUUAUAUUGAUUUCGGCAACCAAAUUACCAGAAGGAAUGUGUUAAAUGACUACCUGUUAUACUA